AUGGCGGAUGAGUCAUGGAGGGUGCCGAGCCUCGUGCAGGAGCUGGCGGCUACCGUGCAGGAGCCGCCGAGUCGGUACCUGAUCCCCGAGCAGGACAGGCGCGACGGCCAGCUCGCCGGUGCGGAGAUGCCGGAGCCCGUCCCGACCAUCGAUCUCCGCCGGCUGUUCGCGUCCGACGGUGCUGACCAGGAGGCUACCAAGCUGCGCGCGGCGCUGCAGAGCUGGGGGUUCUUCCUGGUUACUGAGCAUGGGAUCGAGAGCUCACUGUUGGAUUCUCUCAGCACUGCAUCACGGGAGUUCUUCCGCAAGCCGCUGGAAGAGAAGCAAGCGUACAGCAACCUGAUUGAAGGGAAGCAUUGGCAGCUAGAAGGAUAUGGAAAUGAGCAGGUGUAUACCCAGGACCAGAUCCUGGACUGGGGUCUUCUGCACGAGUACAGUCAGAGCUGCAAGCGAGUCAAGGACGGGAUCCUCCGGGCGGUGGCCAGGCUUCUGGACCUCGACGACGACGACGGCAUCAUCGGCCAGUUCGGCGACAGGGGCUCCACGAACGCCAGAUUCAACUACUACCCAGCCUGUCCGAGGCCCGACCUCGUCCUCGGCGUCAGUCCUCACAACGACGCCUGCGUCCUGACGCUGCUCCUGGCGGACGAACACGUCGGCGGGCUGCAGUUCCACAGGGACGGGACCUGGUACUGUGUCCCGCCCGUGCGCGGCCGGCCAUUGCUGGUAAACGUCGGCGUCUCCUUGGAGAUAAUGUCGAACGGGGUCUUCAAGAGCCCGGUGCACAGGGUGGUGACCAACUCUCAGAAGGAGAGGAUGUCCCUGGCUAUGUUCUACGCUACGGAUCUUGAGAAAGAGGUCCAGCCGAUCGCUGAACUGUUAGAUGAGAAGCACCCAGCACGGUACAAGAAGAUUAAGUACAGGGAUCUUAUGGCUGCUCACUAUGAGCAUUUCUCUAGAAGGGAGAGAGUUAUUGAGUCGCUGAACAUCUAG